CCAUUCAUUUCACCCAUCCAUCUCAAAGCCGACUCUGAAAAGAUGUAAAAUGCUUGGGGAGGCUUGGCUGACUAACCGAAUUGGCCGUCCCCUCCAUGGCCCAUGGAUACUCAGACUCUCAGACUCUCUCAGCUGUAGUCUGGUCUAGUGUCUGUAGAUCACCACCAAACUAUCCGAAAUCGAGAUUGAUUGGGCCACCAGGCUGGAAAUUGCAGAUCCACCAGCGUCACUGGGCAUGGUCCAUCCCAGCUCGCAUUUGCUGUUCUAAGAUUGCUGCAUUCUCUUGUGUCCUUCUCGCAGCUAUGAGUACGAGUUUCUUCCUGAGCUUCAGGACUCAAGAAUGGACAAAUGCCUUGGGGUCGAUUCGUAACAACCACUGAUCCAAGUCAGAUACGUCAGAUACUGUACCUGAGUGCAGAGUAAUCUAGCCAUGUCACCCAGCUGACUUGA